GCAGACCCAAACUCCAUAACGACAAGCCAAGCAGCUGCAGCAGCGUUGCGCACCACCUUGUUGGACUCCAUGAUUCUCUAUCGCCUGUUUGCCGCGGUGGUUUUGAUCUGGGCUCGUGAUGGGCAGGCCCUGCUGUCUCCAAACGUUCCGUUAGGAAGCACCAGCAGCGCUGCUUCCCCGCCGUCCACCUUACCACCAACGCAAGCACCAGAAAGAGGACACCCACUGGCGACGAUGAAAGCAAUAACAACGCAGAAGAGCCGAGAGAGAGCUAAGGACUGCGGAAUGCGUAGCACUCUAGCCGCUGCAGGUAUCGCGUUGUCGUUGUUCCUCUCAAACCCGGGCUCGUUAGCGGCGGAUCCAGGCAUGCCGGGAAGCGGCCUUGGGUGCACCACCAGUACGAACCCGAGCUAUAGCCUCGUCUCUUGCGAUCGUACAGGGUUGGAUCGUGAUGGACGCUUGCUUGGAUGCAGUUCUUCGGAGAACUGCUUGAGCACCUCCGCCGUCAAAGUGCCGGGCAAGCUGGGCAGCCCGUGGGAGUACGCGAUGCGGACCGACGACGCCGACACGGCGUUCGCUUCCCUGGUACAUGCGGUCGAGCGAACAUCAGAGGCCACCAUGAAGAUCGUUGACCGAGAAGGGCACUACAUCUUGGCAGAGUUUCCGUCGAAGGUGCCUCCUGGCAGUGUUGACUCAGUGGAGUUUUUGGUCAAGCCGGAAGAUCAGAUUGUUCUCUAUCGCUCGGUUAGCCGAGACACCUUGUUCCUUUACCCUCUUCAGCAGCCAGUCUCCGACCAGGGGAAGAUCAAGGAGAGAUUAGAAGGUAUCCGAAAAGACCUCGGAUGGAACAUGUACACGUACCGCGGAGAGUAGGCGGGUAAUAAGAACACCAUAUCGGACUAGUUGUGCGUCAGAAAAUGUUCAGAGUAAUACGCAAGGAGGGUUCCAUGGACAGCUAGCUGUAGGCGACGGUGGUGCGACCUAUGGUGUGGAGGGUAGUACAGGAGCUUGGUGACAAGCGUGUGGAGGGACUUGGUCUUUCCUGGCACAUUAUGCCACUUUUUUUGUGUAGGACCGAGCUGAUGUAUGGGACUGCUUGCUCAAAGGGCAAUGAGUUGGCGAAGGGAGUCCAGUUGUUGUUGUCGUUGUCUUCAUAUGGACACCGUUCCGGUCUCUCCUCAGCAGUACCUUCUGACUUCCGUACCGGUCCAACUGACGCGGGCGCGUUCCGUGGUUGUAGGCCAACUACCCAAAGAGGGUAGACAUCCAAACCCUAAUAAUCGAGAGUUCGACAAAUGACCAUCCUCCAUCCUAGCAACGCAGCAAGUAACUGCUGUGAAGGAUAGGCACCUCCUGGACCCAUUUUUGAAGCCCGAUUACUCCAAAACGCGAACAAAGGGGAGUCACGAUCAAAUGAUAUAUGGUCGGAUACAUUCUCGAAGAGAGGGUGUGAGUGCCGCCAUUUCGGCGCCGUCACAGCAGUUAUUCGUAAAAAGUGAACGCAUGUUCAUCAAGCUCUCAACAUCGGUCAAAGGGGGUGUGGUAUCUCAUGAAACAUUAAACAUUGUCCUCCAGUCCUCCAGUGGUGUUGGCAACGUCAACUCCGUUAGAACAAGAACCUCGUGGAGUGGAGUUUGGUGAAAAUAACCCCCCCCCGUUUACCUGCUCCGAACUUCUUCGCCUCUCCCGUUUCGUCUCUUCCGGACUUUCUUGGAUCGACGAGGUACAAACCCGAGCGGCCGGUAUGCCAUGUCUAACAAGAAAUGUAGUCUAGAAUAUGCAGUUAGUUAUCUACCCCCGAUCUCGGCUCUGCUGCUGUCUAUACUCCGAGGUUAGGUGCCGCGCAACACAACGAGCUGGGACCAUCUUCCGCCACCUAUCCAGUAUCCAACGAGUGACCAAUCUCUGUUGACUUGAGUGCUGUCGUUCUCAACGUCAGUGGGGAGCUCUCGCUCGGUGAUGAGCACCGCGGUGCCCUGCACGCGCGCAGUUUUCCUCUACGCUAGUGAAACAAGAUGAGAACGCCGUGUCUGCCUGAGUACAAACCCGUUCGCGCCGAAACUUGACAUACAGUCUACCGCGUGCUCACGCCUCUGUUAUAGCAACAUCGCCUUGGGGGGGCUAUGAGCGCACGGGAACGAGUCGUACUCAGCUUGCUCACGGGGGCCACAUUAACGACAUGCACGAGCAUCUGGUGGGUAAGGAAAUACGACCCGGCGAUGCUCCUUCCACACGUGUACCGCGAAGAAUACAGAAGGACGGCUGCCGCUCGCAAAGAACAAAGCUUCGACCGUCCGAUUGCAGGCAAAUGGAGCGGGCAUUUGCAGAGCAACAAUUUUUUUCUGAUGAGCAAUCUAAAAUCGACGAGGCGCAGCAACGGCCGCAGCAACGUCGACGAUGAUGAUGGCGUGACAGCUAGUGGAACUUUUGGUGCUACUCUAGACGUCACAAGCCACGGCUCUUAGGCAUACAUCCGCGUAUCCAAAAUCUAAGGCGUUGUGUGUCAGAGGUUUGCGUUUGGGUUACCAUAAGCCUUAGUUGUGCAGGAAUAGUACACCAUCGAAUACGAUGGAGACGUAGCUGUGCGCCUGAGCCAGAAAGGACGGCAAAGAUAGAUGGCUGAGAGGCGUCAUCAUGCCCAUGAGCAGUGUCAGCAUGUGGCAGCGCCGCGGAACAUGUGUUGCCUUUUUGGAAGGUUUGCGAUUGGACCCACGGCUGUGCGCUCAAAUCGCCAAUAAAUCUGCUUUCGUGCGACCGAACGUGAAGUUCAGCACAUGACCUUGCAUAGACGCCAACACUCCAAAGCCCACGCGAGAAAUGAGGGGAGCU